CUGGAACGUCAAAAAGUUCAAAAUGUCCCACAGAUAAAAGAUUGACGUUUGUAUUAAUUUAUAACACAAGGUACGACGAGCAACUGAAAAAUGUCCGCAAACACUAGUCCAUCGCAUUACACCGAAGAUGCGUUCGUUACGGAUGCCAAUUUCAAAGUGGAGAUCAACCAGAAGAUGAAAGUGCCCGACAAGAUCAGCUUCAACGCGAACAUGAACGGCAUGAACCAGAAUUCGUGGGUGAGGGAUGAUAUCAACAUGAUGGUGCCCGAGAGGAUAUUAGUGGCUGGACACGACCAACACGUUGGCACAAGAGCACCCCCACGAGAAAUAGCAUUUGACAAUUCCCUAAUCCAAUCGGACCCGUACCCCACAGACCUGCCGCGAGUGGCAACACCCCCCAGAAAUCUAACACUUGACAAAUACCCCUUCCCCUUGAUACAAGACUUCGAGGACGAAGAAAAAGAAAUCGACCAAAUCCCCGUAAUCAAACCAAAGGCUAGGUUCAACUUAAACGAUUCGAGUUUUCGAGAGUCGACGCCCCCCAUUGGUGCGAGUGGCGAGGGUUUGACGCCGGCGGAGGAGGUCCUGCAUUUGAGGAGGCAAAUGGCUAAGUUGAACAGGCGAGUUAUGGCUUUGGAGUUGGAGAACUUGAACAGGAUGCAGAAGGAGAAGAUUGUGGUUGGAUUAGGAGUGGCUUAUUUCUUAUUGAAGGUCAUAAUUUGGAUGAACAAAGACUAGAUUUUUAAAUGAUGACUUGUAUGUAUCACUGUUGAAAACACAGUGACGUGCUGAGGUUCAUUCGGAUCAACUGGGCGGUUUUUAGUAUUGUAACUAACAUUGUUUAUAUGUUUAGUUGUUUUCAAGUUGACAGUAGUUGUAAUUUUAAAGUCGGUUACACAAAUUUAUCUAUCAUUAAGUCGGAAUUGUUUUUCGCAUCCUUCGAACUGAUCUAUAUAUAUAUACAUAAUUUUAUUUGUAACUUAGUAAACCCAUGAUUAAAUAUAUUGUUUCCCUUUAAAUAAUA